AUGCCACAAGAGCUUCCUGGGUUCUACUAUGACGCCGAGAAGAACAGAUAUUUCCCUCUCAAAGGCCCAAUCCCCGGUUCUUCCCGUGCCUCUUCCUCUUCUUCUUCGUAUGCUGCUGAUCGUAAAAACCCUAAACAGAAUACUUCUCAGGCAGACAAAUAUUGCAGGACUCGAGUAAAAACUCAUAGAUUGCUUCAGGGCAGGGAGUUGAAUGGCAAUGUGGUUUCUGUUAGUAAAUCAAAGUACAAUUUUGUCCAAGAAUACCAGAAGGCACAAGCUUCUCAACCGGUGGUUUGGAGGUAUCAAGAGCCUGGCGUGUUGGCGUGUGAUGGUGGUUUGGAUCAGACAAGUUUUUGCAUACAGAAACCCGAUGGUCAAGUUAAUAUGGACAUUCUAGUGGCAGGAGGUAUAAAUGGCUGCUUGAGUGUUAUUGAAGUUGGAAAUGGUGGUGAUCAUCAAUUAAACCGCGUUAUGCCAGAUCGUGUGUGGCCCUCAACAAUAGGAGAUAGAACAAAUAAACCCCCUGAACAUGUUGGAAGAUCAUAUUCAAAUUUUUUGAGUUCAAGCAUAUCUUCUGUGAAACUGCUCGGGAGGACUUCUCAUCUGAGUGCUGAUAUAGGUUGUCACAUCCAGCAUGGCCUGGUGACAACUCUUGGGUCUGAAACAUCAAACAGCACUGUUUGUCUUCUUAAAUUCAUGGAGCUAGAAGAAUAUGGUGUUGCUCCUUCUCGAAUUGCUUCUAUGAGCUGCACUAUAUGGACAGCAGAUUGCAACUCUAAUGCUAGAGAAGCAGUGAUAGGGACAAAUUUAGGAGCCGCUUUGGUCAAUUUAGAAACAGGAAUCAUAUCAUGGUUGUGCCGAAGUAAAAGUGAUGUUUUGUCCCAGCAGCUUAAUAAGGCGGGAAAUGCUGUUCUAUGUGGACUGCGAAAUGGGGCAAUCUUGUCAGUUGAUACUCGUGAGAAACAAGGUCAUUCUGGUAGACGCAGUCAUAGGGUACAGUCUAUACCAUUGGGCAAUCGUGCUCAACAUCGUGCAUCAUGGUUUAGGGUUGAGGGGAAUAUAGAUCCGGCUUCUACGGUUUGCAUGCCCUCAUCUGUUUGCAGUAUAGUCUCACUUCAGCUUUACGACCAAUAUUUCUUGGCCAGUUCGAUGGAUGGAGCGAUCAAGUUAUACGAUCAUCGCUUGACCAACAGAGGUGCUGUACAGGUAUAUGAAGGCCAUGUGAACUCUCAUACACGAUUACAGCUCAAAGUCGACCCCUCUGAGAGGUUUCUUAUGGCAGGUGGAGAGGACUGUCAUCUACGUCUUUGGAGUAUCAAGUCUGGGCUAUUGGAGGCAGCAACAACAUCGUCCGGUGACAGUAAAUCCGUCGAAGAAUGUUCAUUUGGUGUAAGCCCUAGUUUCAGGGCAUGGUGUGGAUCUAGAGAUGGUCUCAUCUACACUUGUUGGCCUUGA